AUGCUUUCUCUAGCCAACAGUACCUGUCCCUCAUCGUGUUAUCACCUCACUCUCAAAGUUACCCCGGCUACUCGGAUUCUCUUACUAUUUAAGUUUUGUAGCGUACCUCCUAUAACAGCGGCGAAACUGGAAAUCGAAACAGGGAUGCGAAGACUACAGAAGCAGCUUAAAGUAAGUGAUAAUGGAAGGCCUCAUGCCAGUCUUUCAUUGAGCAAACUAAUGCAUCCCGAGCCAGAAAAUAACCGUGAGGACAGCCGACCAUUGAGACAGCUUAGCUCUGCCAUAAACUCGAAUUACAGCUUCAACAGACGAAUUGAACAAGUUUGUAGGAGGAUGAGCCGUUUACCAAAUGAACCGGCCCUCACUCCAGCUGAUGAACAUCCUUCUCGUAACGCGUCUACCGAACAACGACCUUUCCGCUGCGAAACCUGCUUAAAAUACUUUUCAACUCCUUUUAAUCUCAAGCGGCAUGAGAAGAAUGUACAUCAAACUCUCAGGUCCUAUCUUUGUCCACUUGUGGGAUGCCGCAUCCUGUUCUCGCAUUGGGACAACCUUGUGGACCAUUUAGCUGAUAAUCACGAGGAUAUAUAUUUCCAAUUCCAGAAUCUGGUAAGCACACCAGCCAAAAUAUGA